AUGCGGCUUCUCAACUCUACUACCCUCGAGUUCAGGGAUUUCAUUGGGUCAUCGAUUCCGCCAUACGCGAUACUUUCACACACGUGGGGCGACGAAGAGGUCUCUUUCCAAGAUAUCCAAGCUCCUGGUCUAGGUCAGAAGAUGGGCUACACAAAAAUCAAGCGCUGCUGUGAAAUAGCUGUGGAGGAUGGGUUCGAAUUCGUCUGGAUAGAUACCUGCUGCAUAGAUAAGACCAGCAGUUCGGAGCUAUCUGAAGCUAUUAAUUCUAUGUACUCAUGGUAUCAACGAGCUGAUGUCUGCUACGUCUACUUGGUAGAUCUACCGUCAGGCAUGGAUCUUUUUGACCCGAAGUCUGCCUUCUCGAAAAGCAAGUGGUUCACUCGAGGGUGGACCCUUCAAGAACUCAUUGCCCCGGCCAAUGUAAUAUUCUUCGACUAUGAUUGGUGGGAAGUCGGAACGAAAACAAGCCUUCAGUCGCCCAUUUCCAAGAUCACGGGUAUUGAUGUUAAUGUGCUCUCAAACGGGGACUGGGACUUGAACGCUUUUAGCGUCGCGCAAAAGAUGUCUUGGGCGGCCGAAAGAGAAACAAGUAGGCCGGAAGAUAUGGCCUACUGUUUGCUUGGUAUAUUUGACGUCCAUAUGCCCUUACUUUAUGGGGAAGGUCAGCGGGCGUUCAUUCGGCUUCAAGAGGGUAUUAUGAAGGUCUCGAAUGAUAACUCUCUCUUCGCCUGGAGAAACGAGAAAAAAUUGCUCUCACCGGAUAGGCCUUCCAAUGAGUAUACCCGCCUAGGGCUCCUUGCCGCCUCCCCGAAAGCCUUUUUUGGCUGUGGUGCGAUUAUUCAAUCACCCAAGUUGAUGAAGACCGAGUUUACUUCUACCAACAGGGGGAUAAACCUGGAACUCCCUCUAGCACAACUAUGGCCCGGGAUAUUCUUGGCUAUUUUGAGUUGUGAAAGUGUCAGUGAUCCGGGUAGUCUUAUUGGACUACAUCUUCAGAAAGCACCGCGGGAAAACGAUCUAUUCGUGAGGAUGUGGAAUAUCGACCCAGAGUUUAUCAGCGUCGACAGAGUUGCUACAUUCGAACGGAAACAUAUAUUUGUGGCCCAUGACCGGCGACUACGGCACACAGCAGAGGCGUGCAUGCAUGUAUUGGUGAAAAUCUCUAGUUCCGGGGAUGGCAUUUUUUGGCUUCAUGAUACACAUCUUCCUAACGCGAUUUCCUCAGAUGUCUUACCCACCUCCAAAGAUUUGAUGUUCCAUGCAGCUAGUCCUACUAACUCCAUGGGCUUUAUCGGCGCUCUCGAAUUUCGAACCGUGGAUAGUACAAAGAUUUUUGUUAUUUUGAGAAUUGCCAGAAAUGUUCUACUUGUCAAUUCUGACAUACUUGACCCGCUCGAAACUUUAGAAGAGGUAUUCAAUUCCUAUAAACAGCUUAGACGCCGCUGGGUUCCCCAGUCAGAUCGUAUGUACUUUCAAUUUGGAAUCAACAGUUUUCAUAUGGGAAUAGAAGUCCGAAGGCAAGUUGUCACCGGAAAGAGGACGCACAUCUUGGAUGUGACUGGGGAAUAG